AUGUCUGAUCCGAUCUCGCAGGACUACCUCUACACUGUCCCGCUCGUCUCUACUGGACAACCCAACAUUCCUGGCCCUGGCCAUAACAGCACUACCGUACUUCUGAAGAAUCUGAAGCAUUGCCACACAGCUUGGCAUAUCUACUUCAAUGACAGGGGCUUUCACAACCAUGCGACGCACCAGCUGUUUGCAAAUUAUGCUUUAGGUGCCUCUGGCGAGUUACUCGAGGAAGUUUAUGCCUCUCAUACGGCAUAUUUACUGCCUGCUAAGCCGAGUCCUGAGGCUAUCACUACUAAGAGCUUUUUCAACCACCUCGAAGACCCCGAAUAUUACAGCGGCUACGUCGCGUUCUUCGAUGACUACCUUGCCACCCACUCGUAUACCGAAGCAAUUGAACACUUCAUCUUCUCCGAUGAGUUUAACUACGGCACCACCAUCAAGUCCAGCGCCGGCGGACAGGCAAAGCCUGAAUAUCCUGAGAUGCUUAACAGACUAUUGGGGGGCAUCUUCCAUCCGAUGAUCCACGUUGGUUAUGGGAUCGAAUUCGGCGUCAAGGGACAGCUUGCGGAAGGUCAGCCAUUCUUACAUUCUGGCCUGGGUCAUACUGCCGUUCACAUCAAGCACCAGUCGUCCCUCAUCCCCCCUUCUCUCUUCACAUCGGCAAACAACUCCGAUGACACGCUUAGCAAACUCACUUCCUCGCUCUCGAUCUCCAACGGCACAAACGGAACCAAGGCCUUCUCUCCUACUCCGAGGCCCACCCUUCAAAUCUUUCAUCGCAUCCUGACUGACCUACGCAUCACCACCUGCGUUUCCGAAUUGGCCUCCGUGAAUUUGUUGAAGCGCUAUGUUCACGUCAUCGACAACUAUGGAGAGCGCAUCCACGAACUCGUAAGUGAGUGGCAUGAGGGCUGGAUAAAGGACUCUACAAGUGAGGCUGAUGUUGAGAGGAGGCUGGAGGCGAUGGUGGAAGAGGUUGUUGUGGGUUGCACGCUUUGCUUUGGGGUGGGUGGAUGGGCUGGUCGUGGGGAUAAGAACGACGCGAUGAGCGCGGAUUUCUUUUUGAAUCACCUCGUCACCUCAGCCCUCUUCCUCUUCCCCUUCCUGCUCCCCAACACCCCUUCCGCCUUCGACCCACCCCUCUCGCUCUCGAAUCGUCUCCUCCUCCUCCGUACCUACCUCUCCACUUGUCUCGCAUGGUACAUCUCCCGCGGCCGUCCUGCUCUGCCCAUCUCUGCAUUCUACACCUCUCCCCUGACCGCCAAAUACUUGACCGCCCCCCCUUCUGCCCCCUCUCCCGACACAUCCGAACCUACCAUGACCUUGAUCAUGGGCGCAGGAAGGCAGGAUGUCGGACCACAGAAAGCAUUCAAAGCUGGGGGAAAUGCAUGGAAUAGGAUCGUGCAGAGUGCGCUCGUGCAUCCGGACGAACAUUUGUGUAAGACACAGAGGGCGUUGGCUGAGUUCGCGAGGAGGUAUGGUGGGAGGGCUCCUGGGUACUAUGGUGACAGUUCUGGUAAGGAAGAACAACUGGACGGGGUGGAGAAGUUGGAUGGGACGGUCUUUGUGAGAGUGGCAGGGCUGUGUGGCGAGAGGCUGGGGUGGGCUUAUGAGGGGGGUGAAUUGAGAAAUUGGGAUCGCGAUGGGUUUUUCUAG